GUAAGCUAAGUUACUUACUGACAGCGGCUACAAGUAGCCGGGCUAACGGCAGCGGCAUUGUAUUUCGUUAACAAAAUCUGUUGCAGUCAUUUCGCAUGCAUACGAACGAUGGCACGGUAAAAUGCUUAGAAAUGUUACACAUAUCCAGCUACUCACCUCAAGAAUCACAUAUGAAGAAAAGCUAGCGUGCUAGCUAGCUAGCUUAGCUAAAGUGCUUCAGUGCGAUUUUUUUUUUUAGCUUUUUGAGGCAUUCGUCGAGGCUACAAGAACAGCGACGCCUGAGCGGAUAGUCAAGUAAGUGGCAGAUGAUGAAAAUACACGCGUAAUAAGCUACUGGUUUGUAAAUAAGUACUAACGUUGUAAUAGUGUAAACCCUAAUGUGCAGAAGAAUUUAAAUUUCAAAGCGCUGUGGAGUCAGUCGGUUGACGGGCGGCCAUUUUGCUGCUCAGUAUGAAGCGUCUCCAAUGGCUAGGCUGUGGCAGCUGCGUGGAAGCUCUCUGACUGGCUGAAUCCUACCGAGAGGGAUGCAUAAAAGACUCUUUUUGACCUUCAUAAACUUUUGACUGUCAAACUUAGCACGACCAUAUAUGCUACGUAGGUCAACAGUCCACCCAAACAUACCUUUUAAAAUAGCCACUGAAGUCAUAAACAGAAAACAAAAGUCAGCACCUUGCAGCGGUUUGCUAAUCCAUAAACGCUGCUCAUAACUUUAACCUGAUAGCAUGGGGCCGAGAAAGAGAGGAGCAAGGAAGAGGAAAACUGAAGAAGCUUUGGCAGAAGAGAAGGAAAGAGAGGACACAGAGGAGAAGGAGGCUGAUGAGAGAGGAGACAGGAGGAGGAAGGACCGUGGAAAAAAUAAGAAAUACAUUGGAGCUCAUGUUGGCAUUCAAGGUGGAAUAUGGAAAGCAGUGGGGUCCUGCACAGAGAUGGGUGGCAGUAGUUUCGCCCUGUUUCUGGGCUCCCAGCGAUCAUGGAAGAGGCCCGCACUGGACCUCACAGCUGCUGCCAAGUUUCGGGAGCAACUGUCCCUGCAGGGGUUUGACCCGGCUCACGUCCUGCCUCAUGGGUCCUACCUGAUGAACUGUGGGUCUCCUAAAGAAGAGGUGUUUGAGAAGAGCCAGGCCCUGCUGGUGGAUGAGCUCAGCCGCUGCAGCGUCCUUGGCCUCAACCUGUACAACUUCCACCCCGGCUCCUCGCUGGGCUCCAUCACCACUGAGCAGUGUGUGGAGAAGAUAGCGGGCGCCAUUAACCACGCUCACCAGCAAACACCUGCUGUGGUUACAGUGUUGGAGAACAUGAGCGGACAGGGCAGCACGGUGGGUGGUCAGUUCUCUGAGCUGAAGAGCAUCAUAGACAAAGUGAGAGACCAGACCAGAGUUGGAGUGUGUCUGGAUACCUGCCAUGCAUUCGCAGCAGGAUAUAACCUGGCUGCAGAGGGAGGAGUGAAGGCCAUGCUCAAUGAGUUUGACGAGGAAGUGGGGCUCCACUAUCUCAAAGCCAUUCAUCUCAAUGACUCCAAAGGUAAACUGGGCUGCAACCUCGAUCGCCACGAGGACGUCGGUAAAGGUCACAUUGGAAUCUCUGCUUUCAGAGACAUUGUUAACGAGCCCAGGCUAGACAACAUCCCUCUGAUCCUGGAGACACCUGGGCGGCCAGGAUUCGAGUAUGCUGAGCAGAUUGAACUCCUCUAUUCCCUCUGUGAGACAGAAUAGAAAAUGCACUCACUAACGAGUUAGCACCGCUAAAGCGAACCCUGCAAAGACACAUCUCAGGUGUGUUAAAGAGGACUGAAGCUUUUCUCGAGGACCAAAGAGGAUGAGUGGUGGAGGCCGAUUCUCCGUAAACAUGCUCCGAAUUUUUUCAGUUGUUAAUCACAAUCUGACAAGUUUCAACAAGACAUGUGCUUCAUCUCUGACUGAACUCUAGUUGAAUAAAUGUGUUGUUGACA